AUGCUUCUCAACGAUUCUCAGAAGGAGCAACCCUCCGCUGGCGGCGGCACGAACAAUGGUGUCGAGAAAGUCGUCGCACCACUAGAAGACUCAGCACCUGCAACACUGUUUCACCGAUCACUCGUCCAGCGUCCUUACAUGGUCGAUUCCGCCAAGGGAAUCUAUCUGUACCUCUCAAAUGGUCGCGUAGUGAUGGACGCCUGCGGCGGUGCAGCUGUCGCCUGCAUCGGACACGGAAACGAGGAAGUACUCGCCGCGGUAACCCGCCAGAUGAGUACCGGAGUUAGCUACUUGUCGUCGAUGACAUACACGACAUCUGCGGCCGAGAAGCUGGCGCACCAUCUAAUCGACGGCCCGCAUGGAGGACGACGCUUCGGGCUGGACCGCGCGUACUUCGUGGGCAGCGGCAGCGAGGCCAUGGACGCGGCACUGAAGCUCGCGAGACAGUAUUUCUACGAGAUGGGCCAGCUGCAACGCACGAGGUUCGUGUCCCGGAAGCAGAGCUAUCAUGGCACUACCAUCGGCGCGAUGAAUGUUAGCAGUAAUCUGCCUAGGAAGGUGCAGUAUACGUGUUUCCAGUCGGACAACUUCAGCUGGGUCAGUCCUGCGUAUCAGUAUCAGUAUUCAAAGUGGAAGGAAGGGGAGACGGAGGAUGAGUUCGCAGAGAGGUUGGUCGAUGAGCUUGAUCGGCAUUUUCAGGACCUUGGACCGGAGAACGUUAUUGCUUUUGUCGCUGAGCCGGUUGUCGGCGCCACGAGUGCAUGUACACCUGCACCAAGAGGUUACUUCAAGGGUGUCAGAAGCGUGUGUGACAAGUAUUCAAUUCUCUUGAUCCUGGAUGAAGUCAUGAGUGGUAUGGGUCGAUCGGGGACAUACUUUGCUUUUGAACAGGACGAGAUUGUGCCCGACAUCAUGACUAUUGGCAAGGGACUGGGAGGAGGCUAUGCACCCAUUGCUGGUGUUCUGGUCCACAAAAAGGUCAUCGACGUCCUGAAGAAAGGUACCAGCAGCUUCAACCAUGGCCAUACCUAUCAGGCGCACCCGGUGGCAUGUGCGUCCACGCUGGCUGUGCAGGAGAUCUUGAGCCGGGAUGGUCUCAUUGAGAAUUGUGCCAAGAUGGGCGUGAUACUGCACCGGCUGUUGGUCGAGACAUUCCAGUCAGCCAAGUAUGUGGGCGACAUACGGGGCAAGGGUCUAUUCUGGAGUCUAGAAUUCGUCGAAGACAAAGCUAUGAGGAAGUCGUUCCCACCGAGUGUUCGUUUUGGUGCUCGGUUCCACUCUACUGCUUUUGACCUGGGUGCGGCUGUUUAUCCUGGCGCAGGCACUGUCGAUGGGACGAAUGGAGACCAUGCAAUUGUGUCGCCGCCUUACAAUGUGACUGAGGAGGAGUUGAAGAAAGUCGUCGCUAUUCUCAAAGAGGCUUAUGACAAGUUGGAAAGAGAGAUUGACGGCGUUUCGGAUAAGCAAGAGAGCGCACACAAUCUUGGGCCAUCAUGGUGA